CAGUUACCAUAUGUGCAAAGCAAAUCCCUAAUUGCCUUCUCUGCUUCUCAUUCAUCGAGCUUCACUGCUUCACUGAAGCUGCUUCAGAGGUGAUUAUGUGAAGUGAACUGAGAACGUUCAACGCCUCACUCUCACACGGGUCGAGCCACCGCCGUCGAGCCACCGCAGAGCCGUCGAGAACUGAGAACGCGCUAGCCUCUCUCUGUCUCUCACACUCAGUCCACAGCUCCUGGUCCUCCCUUACUUCCGUCCAGCCACCGCCUGCUAUCGUCGCCGUCGGAACGUCCAGCUUCGAAGAGCCACCGCCUGCUUCCUCACCUCCCCUUCAUCGCGCAGCAGCCGUCGCAACCUUCCUUCCUCUCCAUCGCGCAGCCACCGGGCGAACGUGGAAGCCUCAGUCGCGCAGUCACUGUCCGUCGGCGCCAGCUCUGGUCCACUGCAGCCACUGCCUGUUCGAAGGCCGUUCGAAGCCCAUUCGAAGGUGAAACUUGUCGUGGUGUCUUCCUCUUGCAUGCUCUGUUCAAGGUUUCUAGCUUCUAGCCCUAAACGUGUCUCUUCUCUGACGAGUCUCUUUCUCAUCACACUCUCACUCACUCACUCACUCACUCACUGUCUCGCACUCAAGCUCGUCGUCGCGCUCUAUGUCGUCACCGCCGUCUCUCACUCACUCGCUGCCUUCCCUGCGCUCGUCUUCGCCGGCGGCAGAAGCAGACUGAACCAGCAUCUGGUCCCUCGGCUGGUCACCUCUGUCUCUUCUUGCUUCAGCCGCCAGUUGGUCAGAUUCCUUCACCGUCAGUUAGUCCCUGGGCAGGUGGUGUUUUGUGGUUCCAGAAUUUAACAGAGCUCUCUCAAGUUAACAAAGACCAACGAUGGACGUCAACGACCCUUUAGAUUUCGAGGUAGAGGAUGAAUUUCUCAAACCCCCGCCCAAGGUUAGCAAUAGAAGGAGGAAGAAGGUUAUUGGGUUGGAUGAUCUUCUUACUGAUCAUUUAAGAGAACAGGAAAAGCUCAAAGAAGAACAGAAUGAGCAGGAAAAGCCAAAGACAAAAAAGGCUAAGAAGGAUGCAAGUUCCUAUGAUGAUGAUGAAGAUCCCAGGGAAGCUUACUUGACAAAACUUGUUGAGAAGUGUGAAAAUCAGUUGAAAGAUUUUGGUGAAGAAGAAGAUAUUCCUCUCUGGGGAGUGAAAGUCUUUGGAGAUAAGAAAGCCUUUCCACCGCUGGAAUUUCCUGAGCUUGGAAGCUGCAACCUUCUGCAGUCAUUUUUGAACAGUGAGCUGAAUUCAGUGGUGGAAUUGGCAGCCGAAAAAGGUGAUAACUUUCUUGAAGGAUUGCUCAUCAAUGGUUGGCUUCCAAAAUUAGCAUUCCUCUGUGGUCAUAUAGAAAAACCAGUAGCCAUUUGGUCCUUCAACACAAUGUUAUAUUCAUCAAAUGAAGAGCUUCGAAACUCAUCCUCUGACUUUUGGUGUGCAGUUCUCUCUUCUAGAAAAGAGGUUGAUCAAUUGCCUGUCAAAAUUGGUUGGUUUCCUGAGUACUCAGAUUUGAGAACAGCUCUUGACACUUAUGGGUUUCUUUUUGAAUUUUCAUCCAGUGGUGAACCCAAAGAUUUAGAUUCUGACACUGGAGAACCACUCCAAAAUAUUAGAGCCUGGCUCAAAUUUGUCACUGCUUGUUGUCUAAUACGGAGUAAAAGACCAGUAUUUUCUGUUGUAGAAGCUGAAGAACUCAUUGAAAUUAUUAUAUGUCUAUUUCUAGAUCGCCAGUUUCAAGGUUUAUUAGUGCUUUUGAAUGAUUGCGUAGAAGCAAUUGUCAAUUACUUCACAGACCAGGAAUGGCAUUCAAGUUGUGAGAACAUAGCAAAAUUCAUUGCUUCCAGAGUCUCAAAGGAUUUGAAUUGCAUCCAAUCUGUUGAGUGCAUACCGGUAGCUAGCUCCCGUUGUAAGCAACUUAAGAGUGCCGUAGCGUAUCAGAACCUACUUUCCUGUUUUGAUGGAGCCCACAAUGGAGAAGACAUCCUGAGAUUGCUUAGGGCAAUUAACUUCAAAGACAAAAGUUGCGAUUUCUUCAAGAUGUACAUUCACCUAGUUUUGACAGAGAACUGGGUUUUGUCCAACUCAUUAAUCGAAGACAAUCCAGUAAUCUAUGAAAUGUUCUGUCUUUUUCUAAGACAAUGCUCUAGCUUGAUUUCAGCAUCGGACCUACGAUCAUAUGCGUCAAAGGUUCGUCAUAGGGCCGCAUAUCUUAUGCACUUCUCCAUCUACAAGUAGUUGGUUUCUUUCUGCCUUAAAUGACCAUAUUUUGAAGGGUGAGAGUUUGCAAGAUUGAAGUGGCAUGGCUUCUGCAACCUUAUUUUGACCGAGAUUCUUCAGAGUCCCGGAUAUUUUUGCUUCUUGUUGGGUGGCAUGAAUCAAUAUCUAAAAUAUAAGUAGCUGACAAUUAUGAAUUAUCUACCUUUUAUCCAAUUUCCUUUUGUUAAAUGCCAUGCGUUUGUAAAAUCCAUUGUAUAUCAAUCAAAUUCUUUUAUCCAAAGCUACAUCUCACGUUGCAUUUC